AGGCACGCCAUCAUUCAGCAACACCGCAGUCGCCGCGCUACCAUCUGAAAAAGAUGGCGCAAAACGAUGAUGCAAAGCGCGCGACAACUGUCAUUACCAUUGCGCAACUCAAGUUCAGGCAAAGCCUUAAGAAGGAAGAGCCUGAAACCCGUCUGCCACCCGUCUCUGUGGAAGCCUGUUCGCAACUCUUCAGCGCCAUUGAUGCUGUUCUUGCGCAGAACACGCCCAUGAACAUCCAGAAAUGCACAGAGUGGAUUGUCAAGCACAUAGCUCCCUCCAGGAUCCGCAUUGCAGUGCUCGGAGACUACCUGGUAUCAGUCUCCAAGUCAGUCGUCGUAGAAACAAUGCCAGCAGCGGCAAAGAAGGCUGUGCGCAAUCGACUAGACCUUCUUUUGGUCGUCAAUGAUGCGCUUCACACUGACAAGUACCACCGUAACAGUACCGCAAAGCACGGCUUGCUUGGCACCGAGUUUACAUCCCAUCUUGCUGAGCUUGUCGAGCUGGCAGCAUCAUGCGCUGUGGAGAAGGACUCGCAGGUGGAGAAGAAGCUGAGGGCUAUCAUCAACUACUGGGCUGUCAACAAGCUUGUUAGUCAGGAUCUACUGAAGAGCCUGAGGGAACGGGCAGACGAGAUCUUCUUGCAAGCCCAAGGUGGCACCCCUAUCCGCAAACGCAACUACCUUCUGCCAGAGUAUCACGGCGACCAGACAGCACCAUGGUACGAGCUACCAGCAUCGUACAUGCUCGAUCAGAUGGUCAAACAGCCAAACCGACCUCUUGACCCGUACCGCAUCAAGGUCGCUCGAUUCGACAAGAAGCCCGUCUCGACCCACGUUCGCAAGCUGCUCGACAACUACUUCGAGAACAUCGACCUCAAACACACACCGACCGGCGAUAACCCAACGGGCGAAACAAAGAAGUACAACUUGUGGCUGGAUCCAAUGGGACAAUUGGUCAAGCGUAAUAAGGAGACUGGCGAGACGAGAACCGUAUCUAACGGCUACGGAUGGUCUACGAAGUUUUGCCAGGACAUGCAGAAGGACGGUGUGCCUGAAAGCAUCAAGACUUUGAGGGACGAUGCUGAGCGGAUGGAAGCUGCGCCAGAAAGGCAGCGCGACCGACGGCGCUAUUCGCGCUCGCCCAGACGGCGCCGACGGUCAUCGUCCGUAUCUUCUCAUGGGCGGGGCAGGGAUCGGCGUAGCCGAAGUGGCAGCUACGCCUCAAGAUCAUCUUACGACAGUCGCUCGCGGUCACGCAGUCGUCACCACGACCGUCGACGUCGAUCACAACGGGACGAGGAGAGAGGCCGCAACGAUCGUGACAGAAGGUUCGAUGACCGCGACAACGAUAGCAGACGACCGCCACCAAGGCCAUUAGACAGAGGCCAACCGCAGUCUAGUGGGCAAUGGAAUGGGCAGCAAGCACCAAACCGCAACACUCAGGGCAGUCCUGGCAACAACCAGUUCCCGCAAAACGCUCACCAGAACUUUACACCCAACUUUUCGCAAGCCCCGCAGCCGCCAUUCAAUGCGCCGCCAUUUCCACCACAGCCACCGAUGCCGAACCAAUUCCCUGGGCAGUUUUCCAUGCAGCCCUUCCCUCCGCCGCCCCCACCAAUGCCUUUCCAAGCACCUGGCGGGUUUCCUGGGGGCAUUCCACCACCUCCACCACCCAACUUCAGCGGACCGUUCCCUCCACCACUACCGAACAUUGCUGUGAUGCCAAACAACCCAUACAACUUUAAUAAUCAAUGGAAUAGUUUCCAGCAAGCGAACAAUCCAGGGUUCAAUCAGCAGCAAAAUCAGAAUCAAGGGUAUAACCAGAACCAGAACCAGGGCCAAGGUGGCUUCCAAGGUGGACGUGGUGGGUAUGGAGGAAAUCAAGGUGGUGGGAACUACAAUAACAGAGGUGGUUAUGGUGGUCGUGGACAGCGAGGCGGGAGCUUCCCAGAGCUCCAACACUCUAACAACACCAAGCACUCGACACCACGCAAGCUUCUUACUGACCAUGGCCUCGACCACCAGUUUCGGGAAUAUUCUUUGCGCGCCUGUCGUGUAAUGGCGCCUCCGAAACGAAAGCGCAAGCCGACCAGAACUACAUCGAACAAGCGGUCAAAAUAUACACAGCCGGACACAGACUACAGCGAUAGCAGCAGCUGCGAAGAGGAAGGAACUGCGAACGGUAGUCAAGAAGAGUGGGAAGCACUGCGCAUACUCAAGCAAACUGGCCAAGGAUUUGGACUCAAGUACCUUGUCGAAUGGAAAGGCGUUGAUCCUACAACUGGGAAGCAGUGGGAACCUACCUGGGAGAGGGCAAGCAACGCGAGUGAAAGACUGCGCGCAUCCUGGAAGAGAGAGCAGGCACGGCAGGCCCAAGAGAAGGAAAGGGCGGCUGCCACAGCUAAGAGUAGUACGCAACAACGAAGUGCUCCAGAAGCAUCGCCGGCGCAAGCAACGCAGACUCGAGCCAGAAACAGGCGCAUCAUCCAGAGCCCCGAGACGUUAGCAUCAGCAUCCGCGAUAAAGUCCCCAGCAGAGACCAGUCAAAGUGUAGUAGCAGCACCAAGCAGUGCAACGAUAGACAUUGGCGCACCCAUACCUGCCUGGACGUCUCCGCAAGUCAACAUUGACGUGCGCGGUGAUAGUUUCAACUGCAGCGAGUACGGGCUCCACGCUGAGAUACCAGAGUCGCAGCCUUCACCAGCCAAAAGCAUCACUGAGGACACGGACCUAGAUAGCUCACAGCUGUUUACGUCGCAACGUGCCUUCCGUGCUUCUGGCAUUGUACCAGAUACACAGAGCUCUGCUGGUAGCUUGAGCUACAUUCCGGUCACACAGGAAGAGCUAGAAUCGAGCCUGCAUUCGGAUUCAAGUGACGAGUCCACUGAGGAGCACAUCGUGGGGUACUCGGUCAGUGAAUUCUAUGCGUGGUCGUUUGGUUGUUCGCUAAUCGAUGUGAAGGGUCUCCUCGACACAGACGCAGCACCAACGCUUAGUGCACGCGCUCAAUCGCCUGCAACGUCCAUUGCCGAAACAGUCGCAGACACCACCCAAGACUUGCACAGUCAGCGUCAACUCGAAAGCCAGCAGGAGCAGCCAGAGAUUCCUGACACGCUUGAGUCACCCGUAACAUCUGACAAGACCGAUCAAACAGGCACUCAGGACGAUUCAGCGAGCAGCCGCCAUACUGAACCUGCUGUAACAGACUCGCACAGUUCAGAAGACCAGCACGAGGCGCAGUCUCUAGAAGAGGUUGCUUUCGUCGAGAGCACUACACAGUUUGAGCACGAAACUUCUGCCCGAGAUCUCCAGCCACCAACACAGGAGCCAGGCGAGCAUAGCGUAGCCACAGAAGAACAGCCGGAAUCUGUGGAGCAUAACGCGCAGCCUAUCACAAGCGUAGCGGAGUCAGAGCUUCUUGCUAUUGCAGAUACACCCCAGAUCUCUCAGCUCACAUCUACAGCCCGGGAAGGUGUAACCGACGAGGAGCAGCUGAGCCCUGCGCAUCGACUCGAGACUGCGAUCUCCUUAACUGAGCGUUCUGUUCUGGAAGAGAACGCACAGUUUCCCUUCCAUUCACAGUACCCAGCUUUCUUCGAUCCUCGAUCUGCCACGAAGUUCACCCAACAGGCUUUGAUAGAACCUCCAAGAACCUGUAGCACACACGAAGUCCUAGGCGCACGGCUUAGCGAAGAUUCUCCAGGCGCUCAUCAGGAAAGCGGCGCUUUCAACGACAGCGAGGAACGCAGUACCAUAGACGAGAUCAGCCAACCGCUUGGGCACGAACAAUCACAUACAUCACCCCAGAGACAUUCUGUGUCUCAAUUGUCGCACACUCAGACCAACGACGGAAACCUCGAAGACGCAGCUAGCAGAGAUAUCGAGGAGAUCGUUGAUCAAGUCGACGUUAUUGUGGUUUCCCAGCCACCAUCUACCGAGCAAUCGGCCGGUUCACGCGAACACAACGCCCAGUUCGUACCUUCUAGUGCAUACCUGAGCACUCAAGAGGACGUCACUGAAAGCAUACGUGCUACUGUAGAGAUUGACCCGGGUGAAGCGCCUCGAUCAAAGCAUAGUAGCCCCUGUUCGCGGCACGACUCAUCACAGGAGACUCCAGAGCGCCAGCUGCAGUCAGUAGAGCACAGUUCUUCACCAAUCUCCCACCCGCCAAGCUAUUCGCUGAGGACAUUAGACUCGAACGUUCCACUUAGGCCGGCCACACCGACUCUUCGUUCCUCGUUGUCUAAGAUGGCGGAAAGCACAACGGAGAGUACGGCAGCAAGAGCUGCGCGACGACUCGAAGAAUUACAAGCGGCCAAUAGAGCUGCAAACCCAUACACUCCACGAAAGCGCAUUAGGGCUUCACAACCUUCCUCAGUUGCCUCCACGGCACCAGUGGCAAGUGCAUCACCGUUACAGUCCAACAGAGUGCCUGCUCCGCCGACUAUCAAUAUCUCAGCAGAGGGUACGAGAUCACCUUCGACGGUACCCGACCGAUCACCUGCUCCACCUGCACGGACAUCGUUACGAACUGUCGCUUUUGCGAAUGCUAAGGACAAAGCCACGGAGUCUUGGUUGGAGAACCCUCUAGCUGCGACUUCGACGAAUACGGAUGCUGGACCAACACAAGAGAAAGCUGAACUCGCCGCUGCAGUUGCGACCACACCCAGUAGGCCUAUAGAGUCUCCCAGGGUGUCUCCAGAUGACAAUAUUGACGAGAUGAAUGAUGUUGACCAGAACAAUGAUUAUGACGACGAUGAAAGUAUAUACAACGAUGAUUUGCAGCUUGAAAACGAUGAAUACAUUGUACCACUUUUCAUCGAGGGACGACAGAGAGAUACCUACAUCGAAUACAUCAAGCGGAAAACCGACCUACUCAAUGCAGUUCUGGGCGCAGCGGCGAAGGCAAUGGAUCCAGCUCCUGAGAAAACCGACGAAGCGGAACAAGUCAUUACAUACUUGAGAGCUGUAGAGACACAUCCAGAUCUUACGUAUGCUGAAGCAGAGUCUACGACAGGCUUUGAAAUGCGGUCGGCAACGGAUGUUCAACACGGAGCCCAAUUUGGUAUCGAUAACUCCGUUAAGUUCAAGUUUCUGAGAGAACUGUUCAAUAACUUGCGAGACAAGGACAUGCACAUCAUUCUUCUUCUGGACCAAGAUAGCAAUGCGCUAUUCAACAUCUUGAGGACUUUCUUUGCUGCUGCAGCCCACAACUACAACAUGCCGACCAAGGGAUACCAGUCAAAUGCAUCCAAUGAUGCUCUCACGAUCACCAUCUUCCCGAACACUGCGUCUCCUAUCAUAAGGCCCGCCGAUCUCAUCAUCUGUCUGGACGGCGUACAGAGUGCUGCGCAAAUACGGCGAAGUAAUUGGGCUAUGGCGUCAAGAAGGACCAUACCCGUGCUUCAUUUGGUAAUCUCACAGACGAUUGGUCAUAUUGAGCGCUACAUCCUACCAAACUUAGAAAGGAGACUGCACAUCGAAACUAUCUUAGCAGGGCUCGGCCAGAUUGAGCAACGCAGCGAGAUUGGAAACCCGGUCGAUAUAGACACGCCAAGUGCUGCAGAAGCGGCCAAACUGAUUGCGUCUUGGCUAGUACUCGAGGAUGAUCAAGAAAGCACAGAGUGGCCGUUGCCUUCAAUUGGAAGUGCAAGAAGCUUCUUGGACUAUGAUGCAACACAACAGUCCGUGAGGUCUGCAACUUCGUCUCCAGCCCCUGAACGCACAAAGCGUCCUUUGGAAGCAGAUGACUCUGACACAGCAAAGCGUGUGCGGUACACUCCACAGCUACGUGUAACACCAGAUUCCAGUGCAAUUCACGAACAUGAGGUCACGCGCGUAAGCGACUCGAUGCCCGGGUCCGCAGCUACGGAGACUGCACGUCUUGCAGCGUGUCUCGACAGAGCUAAUUCUGAGCUUCUUCGAGCCCAGAAAGAACAUCGCGAGGAGCAAAUCAUGUGGAACAGGCAGCAGACCGAGCACGAAAACCGACAACAGGAGUACCGCAAGCUAUUCAACGAGAAAGCAGAAGUCGAUCGCGUCCUUGAAAGCAUGGCCAGAAAUCACGACAAGCUGCGCACCCAAGUCGAGGUUCAAGCCACCGAGCAAAGAACCCUCCGCGAAGAACUCGAAGCCCAACGGAAUCUCAGCCUCGCGUCCACCAACGAGAAGGACGUCGAAAUCACUCGCCUACGGAAGGAACUCGAAGCCGCCAACAUUGAACGAAACAAAGUCCUCAAGUCCGCCAAGUCCACCGAACAAACCCUCGAAUACACCAAAGAGCAAUAUCGCGACGCCUCAAACACCGCUGGUCAGUUACAAACCGACCUCACAUCCCUCAAGACACAAAACGCGAAACUUGCACACCAAGCAUCAGGCGAAGUCGCCAAGCUCAAGCAGCUCCAUCUUGAUAGGAGCCACAAGACCUUGAUGCAGCAAAACACGGUUCUCAAGAACGAAAACACCCUGCUAAAGAUGACGUUGAAGGCGAAAGAAGAAGAGCUCGUCCGAGCGAAAAACAACAGCGGGCGAGCCGCAUACGGGACGCGAGGCCAGUCCACAACACCCCAGCCAAAAACUCGGUCUCGCGCCGCAAGUCCGGAGCGAGGGUCAAGAGCGCCGAGAGGAGGUGGAAGGAUUUCGAAUUUGGUGGCGGAAGAGAGGUAGGACCUCGUUCGUGACCUCGAAGAUAGGGAGAAGGCGCGAAGGAGGAGCGGUUCUAGGAGAUUCAGAAAUACAGGUGACCCGGGACGCAAGUGGGCGUCAGGGGCAGGAAAUGCUGACGCCAAAUGUGAGUGAGGACGAGGGUGAAGAUGAGGAGUACCGAGUGCGAAGGCCGGGGAGACACCAUGCAAGGAGGAAGGAGAGGGUAGGGGUGAUGUGUACGUGAUGUUUUGCUUUGGAUGGGUUGUAUUUGCACUGGAUGCUGUGUGAUAUGGCUCUAUGGAGCUUGGAGUGCAGAGACAGUGGGGGAGAGUGAGUUUGCACAG